AGAAAGGGGAAGAGAUGCCUUUUUUUACAGCUGAUUCGCCCUGCUUUCUGAGCUCAGCAACUGUUAAGCAGAAGGCAGGAGAUCCUGUGGUUCUGGGAACAGCCGGACUCUAAUUCCCUUGGAUUUGCUGUUCCAGCGCUGGGAGAUAUCAAGGCACUGCGCAGUGCUGCUUUGAGUGAUGUUAAGAAACCUGUCCUAGCUUCUGCUUGCUAUAGGCCAUGAUUUUCCAUUGGGAAGACCUAUCUCGGGCUGUCUCAAGGGAACUUGAUGGAAGGAUCAUAUUUUUUUAACAGGUUUUCUCAGGAUCUUGCUCAUUUCCAAAUUUGCUGCUGCUUAUUAUUAUUAUUUAUUAUUUUUAAAUCCCAUGAAAAUCUAGGAACUCUGAGUCACUUGAUUUGGAGCCUGCUUUGCUGAGUCUGGGGGUGGUAGUUAAAUAAAGAGGAGGAGGAGGAACCAAACAGAUGGGAUUGGUCAAUAUCAGAGGAAACUGGCCAGAAUUCCCCACCAGGAGAGGUGUCAUAGAUCCGAGCUCCUUCAUAUCUAUCGCCUCUCAACAGAAAACUAACCAGAGCUGGUUCAUCUGAGCUGCCUACACACUGGGGAGAUAAGACAUCUUGUUGUCCAGGAAAAUUCUGGAGCGACUCUCCUGUAUUUGUUCUGUGUGCGGUGGGAUUUCUGGAAAGGACGCAGUCACAAGCCACCAGGAGGCUAGUUCCAAAGAAAAACAAGAGGAGCGUGAGCUGAGAACUUGGCCGUUAUGAGGUACAGUGAUGAUGAAGACCAUCUAAGUCAGCGUGUGAAUUUAAGAGCACUUAUUAAAACCGGCAGUUAAAUGGUGACCCUAAGCGCCGCUGCUCACGGCCAGGCUCAGCCCAUGACGGCAGGGCCCUGCCCCAUCCUCAGCACCACAUCUCUUCCCAGCUCACCCGGGCCCUUCGUUUGUCUUUGCUGCCGAUGGCUGAGGACGGUGGGGCAGUGGGCCUUGCCAAUGGGAGGGCCGGAAGCCCCUCCGACACUGUCAAGGAGACCAGCUGGCCCGAGGACGAAGAGGUCUUUGUGACGGAGCGGCUGAGCCCCACCACCAUGGCCACGUUCAGACCCGGCAACGUGGAGGAACUCUACGAGCUGCUGGAGAAGCUGGGCAGCGGGCACUUCGGGGUGGUGAAGCGCUGCCGGAAGCGGAGCUCGGGGACUUUCUACGCCGCCAAGUUUGUGAAAAUGCGCAAGUGCAAGGGGAGCCGACUGGGGCUGGACCGCGAGCAGGUGGAUCGGGAGGUCAGCAUCCUGCAGCAGCUGGAGCACCCCAAUAUCCUGUGCUUGCACGACCUCUUCGCCAGCAAGGCCGAGAUGGUGCUGAUCCUGGAGCUGAUCUGCGGUGGGGAGCUCUUUGACUUCAUUGCCGAGAAGGAGACGCUGACGGAGGCGGAGGCCAUCGAGUUCCUGCAACAGAUCCUGCAGGGCGUUGCCUACAUGCACGGGCGGCAUGUCGCCCACUUCGACCUCAAGCCGGAGAAUAUCAUGCUGCUGGAGAAAGAUGUCCCCAACCCAAAAAUCAAGAUAAUCGAUUUUGGUCUGGCCCAAAAACUGGAAGAUGGAGUAACCUUCAAAAGCCUUUGUGGAACUCCUCAGUACAUAGCUCCCGAAGUGAUUAACUACGAGCCCCUGAGCUCGGCGACAGACAUGUGGAGCAUCGGCGUUAUUACCUAUAUCUUGCUGAGUGGGAUGUCCCCAUUCCAGGGCGAGACGGAUGCCGAGACCCUCUCCAACAUCAUCGCAGGCAACUACGAGUUCGAGGAAAAAUUCUUUAGCGAGACCACCGAUAUGGCCAAGGACUUCAUCCGGCAGCUGCUGGUGAAGGAGCCUGGGAGUCGCAUGAGCGCGGCUGAGAGCCUCGUCCAUCCGUGGAUCAAGCCCCUGAGCCGGAAGCAGGCCACUAACCGCAGCCGCUCCUCCAUCAACAUGAAGAACUUCCGCAAGUUCAACGCCCGCAGGAAAUGGAAGCUAUCCUACAACAUGGUGUCUGCCUGCAACCGGCUCUGCCACCUGAAGCUCUUGUGUGGCCAGAGGAUGGAGGAUGAGACUCUGCGUGGCUGCGAGAGCGACCAGGAGGAUGAGGCCACCCAGCCAGUGACACUGCUGCGCCGGCGAAGAAGCAGCUGCUCUUGAGACCUGUCCCCGAACCACAGACUCCAGCAUGCUCCCACUGCACCCCCUCUACAUCAGCUGAGGGGGCAGCCACAGCCCCCAGAAGUGGGGAAGGCGGGAUCCAUGCUCACGGCCCUGUGAGAUCAGGCACCUCUGGCCCCACCUUGGGCCCCACCCCGACAGCUGGCCUCUGUCUGUUGAGGCCCAAAUGGCGGAAGGGGCAUUGACUUUGGGCAGCAGGGACUGGCUGGGAGUGGGAGGGGGCUAGAAAUGGGAUCCUGCCUCUUUUCCUUCCCCUUCCCCUCCAUGUCCCUCUCUAUCCACACACCUGAGGACAGGGAGUUCACUGCGGAUGGAGCUGGUGAAAGGGGAACACAUGUCAUCGGGAGAAGCUGAGGCUGGGGUGAUGCCCGCAGCCCCUUGGCACCCAGUCACCAUGUCUGUGGGGCAAGGUAUGGGGAGUGUGGGAGAAGAGAUCCCGCUAUUGACCCUUUUAUUAUCCAAAGAGAGCCCCCACCACCCGCACCAUGAGGGUCUUCUAGGGUGCAUUUUCUGCACCCCUCUUAUGCUUUCCAAUAGGGGUUUCCUAUGUGGCUGUUCUAUCUGGCACUCAUGGGGUUAAUUGGAACCUCCCGCUCUGCCCUUUCAGACAUUGUGUUCUGGAACUCGUGGGGUUAAUCCAACUAGCCACCCCCCGCACUUGCCCCAUGUGUUAGGGGUUCUGUUUAUUCCAGCACUCAUGGGGUUAAUAUGAGUCUCUUCCCCUCCCCACUCCACCCCCAGUGGUACCCUGGUGGGGGGAUGGAUGGCGGCUCCCGAUGCGCUAGCCGCUGCAAGGCAGUGCCAGGUGCCUUCACCCAGCUGCAGCUGUUGAGGGGCAGCCUGAGAGCUGGAUGGUUGCCCCUUUCCCAGCACCCCACAAACCCUUGUGUGCUGGCCCAAGGUGCGUGGCAGACCAGACCCCACUUCUCCACUGGCUGCCUGGGGAAGAUCUGCCCAGCUCAGUCCCCCUCUGCCUGAUUAUUUGUAAAGAAAUAAACUUGCCAAGUGUCUCCCCUG